AACAAAAGAUAUAUAUAGUAAAUGUUUUUCACGUAGUACAUCAAAUUAAUUGGUUAAUUAGUUGAAAAAUACGGACUUAUGCUCAGGGGAACUUUCGUAUUAGUAAACAGGUUGGGCCCCCCUGGCUUUUAAGUUACAUUAAUUCAUGUACAAUAUUGUCAAUGUCAAUAUUCUCAACCUCUCACCACCCCUUGUUUUUUUUUUAAUUAGGGUAUAUAAGAUUUAUAAGUUUAAGCCAAGAUAAUGGAUAAUACACCAAGAAGAAACAAACUACAAAAGACAAGGCAUAACUCCUAGAUUUGUAUAUAGAUUUUAAAGAACGUACGUACAAUAUACUAACUUAUUAUUAUCAAGGUCUUCAGACUUCUAGAACUCCAUAUACAUGGAUUAUUAACUUAAGGGAAUGCUGCCAUUGCCAAAGAAAAAAAAAACUUAAUAGUUGGAGUAAUUGGCAAUUUUCUUCUGUUGUUUUAAAAUAUAUUUUGACAAAUUUUCUUUUGUUGUUUUCAAAUAUAUUUGGCAAUUUCCUGAAAUUUAAAAGCCAACCAAAUAAGGCUUUCCACUUGGCAAGUAAAAGACAGAUUCACAACACCUUUGGUUGACGAUUUUGUUUGACCUUUUAUGGGAAUGCAUUUACACUUAUCACCUACAACUUUGAAACUAUUCCACUUAUUCUCUAGUGUCCUUAAAAUAAAUCAAAUCAAAUAUGAUUCCCGAUAGUUCCUUCUUCAUUCACCAACUCUUUACCUUGGUUAGGUGAAAUAAAGCCAAGUUGUAACUUAUGAAACGGUGACUUCUUUUGAUGUCUCUAUAAAUACAAACCAGAACGCUUCCUCCAAACGACACAUCAUAACUUAUAACAUUUCUCUCUCUCUCUCUUAAACCUUCUUACCCAACAGAAAAAAAUGCCUGCCGACGGGAAACUUGUUUGCGUCACUGGAGCCGGUGGCUACAUUGCUUCUUGGAUCGUUAAGUUACUCUUGGAGAGAGGCUACACCGUUAGAGGAACCGUGCGGAACCCAGCUGAUCCCAAGAACAACCACCUCAGAGAGCUCGAUGGAGCCAAAGAAAGACUCACUCUUCACAGUGCUGAUCUUCUCGACUACGAAGCUCUUUGUGCCGCAAUAGAUGGCUGCGAUGGCGUUUUCCACACCGCUUCUCCGAUGACCGAUGACCCCGAGACAAUGUUGGAACCGGCGGUGAACGGAGCCAAGUUCGUGAUCGACGCGGCGGCUAAAGCCAAGGUGAAGCGUGUGGUGUUCACGUCAUCUAUCGGUGCUGUUUACAUGAACCCUAACCGUGACCCUCAAACCAUAGUCAACGAAGAUUGUUGGAGUGAUCUUGAUUUCUGCAAAAACACAAAGAAUUGGUAUUGCUAUGGGAAGAUGGUGGCGGAACAAUCAGCAUGGGAGACGGCGAAGGCUAAAGGUGUGGACUUGGUGGUGCUAAACCCGGUUCUAGUUCUUGGACCACCGCUCCAGUCAGCGGUCAACGCUAGCCUAGUCCAUAUUCUCAAGUAUCUCACCGGCUCAGCCAAGACCUAUGCUAACCUUACUCAGGUCUACGUGGACGUCCGUGAUGUGGCACUAGGCCAUGUUAUGGUCUACGAAUCAUCCUCUGCCUCAGGCCGUUACAUCCUCGCCGAGACCGCGCUUCACCGCGGCGAGGUUGUCGAGAUUCUUGCUAAAUUCUUCCCGGAGUAUCCACUUCCCACCAAGUGUUCGGACGAUAAGAAUCCAAGGGCAAAGCCAUACAAGUUCACUACUCAGAAGAUAAAAGACUUAGGGUUGGAGUUUACACCCAUCAAGCAAUCUCUCUACGAUUCUGUCAAGAGCUUGCAAGAGAAAGGUCAUCUUCCUCUUCCUCAAUAUUCCAACCAAGACAACGUCACAAUCGAAUCCUAGAACACGAUACGACCAUCAUCUCUGAUCAUACCCACAUAAAAUACGUUUGAUUUUACUAAGUUAUAUUUGUUUAAUCUUGAAGCAUAUAUACAAUUAUAUAUAGCUGAAUGCCCUCUUCUUUUCGUAAUUUAGAAUGUCACUCGUAUGUAUAAUGUAUGAUAUGAUAGUGGAAACAAUGAUUUUAUUAUCCGAUGUCA